AUGAUAAUGCUCUUCAGACGGCAUGUGCUGAAGGGGUCUACUUUAUUGCUCGGAGCCUCAUCCUUCUGGGCAGCGCAGAUGUUAACGAUCGAGGUAGAUAUUACAGCAACGCCUUACAGUUUGCAUGUGCCGAAGGUCAUAGAAGCAUCGCCUAAAUGUUGCUGGACAACGGUGCCAAAGUCUAUGCCGCUGGCGGACACUACAACACUGUACUCUAAGUUGUAUGCGCUGAAGGAUAUUUAA